UCCUCACGAACCAGAGAAGUAUGACGUCACAAGAUGGAGUCGAUAGUUGAUGAUGUUAAAUUAUUUUGAAGGUUUAGUGAUGAAAUUCUGGUACUUUAUACAAAAUGAGUAAGGUGCCUGAGACACCUAAUUAUAAUUAUAGAUAUGCAGAGGAAAAAAGACAUGUGACUAGAACAAAGUCCAAACAUUCAAGAAAAAAGGAAAGAACAGAACAUCAAAAGGAUGGACAUGACAGUAAAGUUGAGGAUCUACGCCAUAUGUCUGAAGAAAAAUCAGCUUCGAAAAGAACCAUUGCAAAAUUACAGCGAGAAUUGGCUAGAAUGAAGAGCGAGAGGUCACAAAGUGAGCGUGAGCCGAGAGAGGGCAGCAUCGAGAUGAAGGAGGUGGAACGGGAAAGGAUGUUACGACUGGAAGCGGAACAGCGUCUUAGGGACACAAGGCUGGAGAGUGACGCAUGUAGGGCCAGGUUAAAAGCUUUACAAGAAGAGUUUACACGAAUGGAAGAAACAGUACAAAGUAUGUUACAAUAUAAGACAAAGAUAGAACAAUUAAAACAAGAAAAAACUAACCUGGCCUCAACAUAUGAGUCAAGUAUUCAGAAACAUCGAAACCACAUCAGCAAGUUGGAACGAGAAAAUAUCAUGUUGUUGAAUCAAGUUAAAAAGCUAGAAUCUCAGUUGAAUACCAAAUCCGAAGGUGGUAGUCUAGAUAAAUCCAAAUUGCUGAUGGAAAGAUUAAAGAUACUGGAAGCAGAGAAUUCUGGACUGGUUUUAGAAAACGAACAACAACGUCAACAAUAUGAGAAAUGCCUGGAUGAAAUAGCCAAUCAGGUUGUACAAGCUCUUCUUGCCCAAAAGUCUUUACGUGAGGAAUGUACCAAACUACAAGGACGAGUUCAGGACUUAGAACUACAGAAUCAACAGUUACGAACAAUGUUCCAGAAGCGUAUUCGCUAUGCAUCAGAUUCUCAUUUACAGAAAUCCUCGCCUCACAGUUCUGACUCGAGUAAACACUCCAGUAUUGUUGGUAGUAUGAUGCCACUUCAUUUGUCGUCCUAUUAUUACCAGCCUUGUCAAAUGACCCAACAUCCAGGGGAGAUAACUCAUGAAAACUACCUGACUGGAUCCUUACAAAGCAUGAAUAGUGAUUAUAGUUUUGAUGAAAGUUUUGGUCAGCCUCAGAUGAGUUCUCCACCUCCAUGGUUACGUGAUAAACUAGAAGAGAAGCUACGUGAGACUGGCUAUCAUCAGGAUGGUGAACAAUUGACAAAAAUAGAGACAGAAUUCCCUGCAACAAACUCUAGUCCUAAAAUAAAACAUAUCAACGUUUUUGAUCGAGGUUAUGGGUCUUGGGGAAGGACGCCUCCUAAACCACAACGAAAAGGUAAAGCUGCUAAUCGUAAAUCACCGAGAAAUUCCUUACAAAGUAUGUCUCCAGGUGCUAACAGUGUCUCCACGAAUCAGACAUUCAAUAACUCAACGGAGAACAGUACGGAAUCCUCAUCUUCUGGAAUAACUAACAGUACUCCGCAAUUGUCAAACAUCAAAAUGGGUUCAUCUCAUUUUCUGGCCUCGCGAUCCAACUCUAAUUCUCCCAAACCCAAACAACCCUUCCGCAGCCAGUAUUUCUACGACUACAGUGAUGAAGAUAGCGAUUGUCGACCUAUGACAAAAGAUGUCAGCUCUUCUUCCACGGUUUCUCUCAACGAAUUAUUGGACAGCAGUCUGGAGGGGGCCGAUCUCCCAACAGAUGAAGAUUUCUAUUCGGACUGGUCCCCAAGUUGUUUGUCUCCAAAGCCAUUGCCAACUGACCUAAGUGCCAUGAAAACUAUGCAAAAUUUUAUGUUCCCCUCUCCGAUGAAAAAUGCAGGGACAACCAACUCAAGUAUUAAACAAACUUCUGAGAGCAGUAGAAAAAAUAGUUUGUCAUCUCAAGCCACCAGUAUUACCUCGAUACCACAAUUGACGGCUGUAUCCUCUACAUCCUUGACAACGUGUAGCAAAACAGCAGUGAUACCAAAUAAAGUAGAUCUCGCGCUAAACAGUACAUCAUCACAAACUAGCUUGAGUGCUACACCAGUGUCUCCCUCUGUAACAACUACCUCACAAUCGCAUGGUAACAAACAAGUUGUCUCCAUAUAUGGUUAUACGAAUGGGGCUAGUCCCAAGCCCUCUCGACCAGACAACCUCAUCCUGGUACCGAGAGAAAAAACUUUCAUAUUAAAUAGCCUGAGUAGCUCUAGUUCCGAGGAGAAUAAAACUUUAUCGUCAUCUAGUCCACAUUCAGUGUCUGACAAAUCUGUGGCUUCUCAAACAGUCUCCCCAACUAGGAAAGUUUCCCCCAUUGAAAAACGAUUAUCUCCAAAAUCAAAACAUUACGUUGAGAUUCAAGUGAAAAAACCUUUGGAUACAAAGAAAAAAUCGGCCGUGGAAUCCAGCAAUAAAAGCAAAGUAGCGGCUAUUGUGCCAACUCCUAGAAGUCCAAAAAAGUCUCCUCCCCCUGUUCCCAAAAAGCCUGCGCGAACUAACCAGAAUUCAGCUAAGCCUUUAGAACCUAAAAAAAUCAGUCAAAAGAACAAUGUUGAUAGGUCCCCUAGUAAGAAGUUACAAGGAAUUGUGAACCCUAUUGUGAAUCCUAUCGUUAAUUCUGUGAUUAUGGACCCUACAAAUAAUAACUUUCCGGUUUUAGAUAUAGGCUUCGGUCCAAAAUGGCCGGCGCCAGAGACUAAUAUAGAUAGUGUUAGAGUUGAGAGAUCAGGUAGUCGUGACGAUGGCUAUUCAACCAUGUCUAGUGAUAUUCAACCAGAAGCUAUGGAAAAAUAUAACGAUGCAGCAAUCAGUAAAAAAGAUGGUGCCCCGAAGGGAGCUGAUGUGAAGCAUGACCCAUUGUCUGAUCCCGAUUCUGCCAUGGAGAACUCCUCACAUAGUACGACAGAACUACAAAAUUCAACUCAUAGCCUCUCUUCUCAAGUCUCAACUUCUAGCGGAGAAAAUCUUCUCAGUCCCGGUAAUAAAGUGCGUGAAAUGAGAAAAGUCUUCGAGGAAGACACACAAACUAUUAAAAGUGCUAAAAAGACUGGACAACCUGUGAUACAAUCCCCUCUCAGUCCAAAGCUCAAGUUUUUUCAGGCGACCGAAAGUCGUAGUUUAGAAAAUUUAAAAGCUGAAAAGUUAGAGGAGUCACCAGAACUGACAGCUAAAACAUCUUGGAAUUAUCAUAGUUUUGCUGAAACAAAAUACACCCAGAUUAACAGAUACUCAGAUAAUCAAAUUAUAAGUCUACCACUUGGGGAAGAUCAUCUUUUAGAAGAUAUUCCUGAAGAUCGAGAAUUAGAAACGAUACCUCACGUCAGUUAUUCUUCUUAUUCAAGACAUCUGUCUUCAAGCCCUCCUCCUGUAGAAAUAAAACCUAGAAACAGAAAGAGAGCAGGCAGACAGCUAAAGAGGGCUCUGUCAGAAUCCAGUUUUUUCUUCAUCAAACCAAAGCUACCUACUUUAUAUGAUGAUUUUUCGGAUGGAUCUUGGAAUAGCGGACGAGUCUUUGAAAGAUCGGUAUCUGUAUCAGAGAUGGAUAUGAUUGAAUGGAAUACGCGACAUGAACCCGUUGUAUACAAGCCACGGACAUCUUCUAUAUUAGAUAUAAACGAGUCUUCAGUCAAUGAACAAGUCAAAAAUAUUAUAAAAGCAUAUUUGAUGUCAAAGAUGUCAAUGACAGCAUCUACUACUGAUAGUGAAAGUGAUGGUGAUCUAGAGGCUUCUUUAAUGAUCAACAGAGAAUGGCUAAAGAAAAAUGGUGGAUAUCAUUUACCUUCGUGGCAGCCAAGAGAAAUGCUGGAAUCUCUCAAAAAGAGUUCCACACCAUCACCUGUGUCAAUAAAAAGAUUUGAUUCAUCAAAUGCUGAAGACUGGUUAUUAAAAUUUUCGAAGGAAGAAAUAGAAAGUCACCUAGCAACAGCCAACUUGAAUUCCUCCUCACUGAACACAGACGAAAAACAGAACCCUUAUACGGCAUAUUCUGAUUUAUCUCAUUUCGCUAGUUCUUCUGACACAUCAACCAUUAUCUGCGAUUCUUCUUCUCCGGAGAAGAAUGCAGAUAUCAGUGGUGUUAAAAAUUUAGACUCUUCUCCAGCUUCUUCGUCUUUUUCAAACAGUGGUGAAGGGAACUCUUUUGUCAGUGAGGAGGGAUAUACUGAAGAUGGCUUACAGUCACCGUCUGCAGAUCAGAAAAAAUUUCAUAGUGAAUUCUAUAGUUUGUGUCUAGUGGAAUCUAAUCGUAGUUUAGUCUCGAGUAGUAGCCAUGAAACCGAUAUACAUAAACUGGUUGCUAAGGACUCGGUUAUUGUUAAAGAUAUUUCUGUCUCCAGUGUCAAGGAUAGGGAGUUUGAUGAAAUAACUCGUCAAAUUCAAUCCUUGUCUAAGACGGUGAAUGAUUUACAUCAUAGUUUGUCUAGUUUAAAUAGUGCCGAUUCAGGAUCGCGCGAUGACUUGAUGGAUAAUCACUUCACAUCCAAAAUCGGACAAUCGGCCAGUAGACAUUCUAUGGACGGGUAUCAUUGGGAAGAGGAUGAUUAUUAUUUGACCUCUUGUGGUGGAGAGGUCAUUAUCGGUAGUAAUUCUAUGUUAGAUCAUGAGGACGGUUCUGAUUGGAUAAAUGAAGAAGUAGAAGCCAAUCAUAGUGGAGAAAUUAAAGAAGAGUUUUAUGAAAUACAAGUCAGUGGUGAAAAUUGCACUCAGAUGUCUGGAUAUGUUUAUUGUGAUAACCAUAAUGAUGACCCUGGUCUCCAUGACAGUAGCUUUGAUCAUCAGGAGAUGGAAAAUCGUCACAGUCAGAGUGUAAAUCAUCUGGCAGAUCCAGAGCAUCGUGCAAAUGUGUUGGAUUCUAUGUUUGCGUCUGGAGCUGAAAGUAAUGAUAGUUUGGCUAGUGAUAUUGGUCUAGAUCACAUGAUGUGUCAACGACUUGUAGGAAAGAAAGCACGUCAUGAAGCCGUACGAUGUGCUUCCAUGCCACGACAGACUCUGGAUUUCUCCAAAUUUUUCAUACGUUUCGACCAGCCAGAAAAAGAGGCUGUGGCUGCCUUUAAUUUCCUGGAAGAUAUUUCUACCUCUACAUCUGAAUCAGGCUCUGAACAAAGACUCUUCAAUCCCGAAGAAGAUUCUAGUGCUUCUUACCAAGCUGCUGGUGUUUAUAUCGUAGAUAAUCAUGUGCCUCGUUCACGAAGAGGGGACAAAAUUCGUAGACGGAGAAAAAUUGAACAGACCAAAUUAUUGAAACACAAAUCAGUGCCAUCAGUUUCUGAUAAAACUAAACCAGGUCAUAGUUCAACAUCGAAAAUACUCCAUGACUCGUUGAACACGUCUUCCGAAUCUCCUGAAAUAUGUGCCAGUAAUUUGUCGUUGAGUGACUCUUGCUGUGAAAGCUUUUCUUCAUCAGACCAGAGUAUUAAUGACUUAACAAUGUUAUAAGAGGCCUGAUGCCAGGUCAUCAAUGUUAUAAGGGGUCUGUUGCCAUGUCAACCAAUGAUUAAGGGCUCCUGUUGCCAUGACUGUAAUGUCAUUCAUAUGGGGUCUGUUGCCUUGUCAAUAAUGAUAUAAGGAGUAUGUUGUCACGCGAUUAUUUAGAAAGAGAUAUGGUUGUUCAUCGUUUAAAUGAUUUUUAAUUGUAUUAUAAAGAAAGAUAAUUAUUAUAUUGUGUUUUAUUGUAUCAGUUUUUUGAUAUAUGACAUUUUUUUUUAUAUAAAUAAAUAAAGAGUGCUAUUUUAACAAAAUUUGGGGGACAUUUUAAUGUAGCUGGUUUUAGCCAUCGACUACUUAAAAAAAUCUAUGCAUCAAAGCAAUAGACAUUCAUUUUUGAACCGGGCGGGAUCUUGACACAUUUCAAAUGUUAAAUGAGAUUUGUAAAAAUAAUUUUUUUGUACGUACUUUUGUAAAGUCAGAAAUUUUGAUACGUGAUGUAAUUCUUUUAUAAAUGAAAAUUGAAAUAUUUACUUACUUGAAAAACUAAAAUUCAAACUCAUCUUAUAAUAAUGAAUUGUAAAUUAUGAUUUUAUUGUUCUGGCUGUAUAUCCCAGGAUACUAGUUUAAAUUUAAAAUCUUAAAUAUUUUUAAAAAAUCUAAAAAAAAAAGAUGAAGGGCAUAUUGAAAUCAGGGAAACUUCGGGUAUAAAUAGAACUACCAUACUUAUAUAGAAAAUUAACGUUCAUUGUUGAUACCUUAAACUUCAAAAUUGCAAAAAAAAUAAUCAUACUUGUAAAUGCUGUAAACUUGAGCUUAAUAAUAUAUGAUUUAUAUACAAAUGAAUAUAAAAGUAAAAAAAAAGAUUAGAUGAGGCACACUCCAUAAGACAUUUUACCAUAAAUGACAAUAAACUAUUAUGCAUUUACUCUUAAUUGUUUUCAGCAAAAUGGAUGUAUUAUGCAAUAAUGAGGAUUCAUUAGCAAUUUUGUUUGGAAUAUGACAUCUACAGCAGAAAUUUGCGAUAUUGUUUAUAUGAAAUGAUCUCCAUAGUUUGAUGUUCUCCUUCUAAUUUUUAUACAGUUGAAAAAUUGAUUGUUUUGCAUUAAAGAAAAUGAAAGAAUUUAAUUUAUAAAAUUAAUUUAUAUAUUAUAAUUGAUGAAAGAGAUAUGAUGGAUGAAUUAAUUAAGUUAUUAAUAUCAUUGCCUAAUUUUAAUUUGUAGAAAGUCUUCUAUAUAUAUUAUAUAUAUUUCUAUUUUUUAUUAUGUUUUAAGAUAAUUAAUUGUAUGGUAAAUUAAUUAAUUGUGUUAUUUUUAAUUACAUGUAUGUUCUUUGUAAAUGUAUAGCAAUUGGUAACUCAAAAACAAACAAAAAUAGUAAUGUUUAAAUUAAUUAUUAUUAAUUCAAUUAAAAGCAAAGUAUUUGUUGUUUUUUUAGUUACCUUAGUGAUAUACUCUCUGACAGCCCGUCAAAAAAUGGCUACAUUUUUUUAUUUCUUAAAAUAUCCAUGACAGAGGAUAACAUCUACAGACUUACAUUUUGAUGAAUUGUGGUCUUUGAAUUCAAUUAUUCUAAAAAUCCGCUAUUCCAGGCUCGUGAAUGUGAUAACUAAAAUUGUUUUUAAUAUGAUUUAUUUUGUUAUUAUUCAGACAUAGUUUGCACACAAUUCAAAGAUGGCAUUUUUUUUUUUCAAAAUGAAAAAUAUAUCGGUUAGGUUUAUGUAGUUGAUCUCAGAUUUAUGUGGUAUACAGAGCGAUAUGUAGAUAAUAUUAUCAUAUAUAGGGUAGAAAUUACUUAUAUCUAUUGGUUUUUUUUUUGUGUCUGUGUUUUUGAACAGAUAGCCAAGCUAUCACUCAUUAAAAAUGGUUUUAGAACGUUACUCAAUUACGCACUUAAUUAUUAAUCUAAAAAUAACCUUUUAACGUAUUAUAAUAAAUAUUCGUAUACACAUUAUAUGAAAUUAUUUAAAACUUAAUUGACCAAAGUUGGUGAUAGAAUUUAUUGUAUUAUUAAGAGAUAGUGCAUGGUGAAAAAGAUAUAUCCAAUAUACUACUAAGUAGUUCAGACGUAUGAUUGAUAGAUGUUGAUAGCCAAAAUAUGUGUUCAGAUUAUUAACUCUUUUCUUGUCUUCUGUUGUAUUAAAUAAUGGCCCUCUACUUGUAUCUUUAAUCUUUAAAAAUUUUGUAUCUUCUGUCACUCUAACUUCUCUGUUGAAAUUGUCUUGCUAUUUAUAUCUUUAAUUUCUUUCUUGUCUGUAAUUUUAUCCUAAUUUCUUGAUAUCUUUAAUUUUCUGGCAUCUUUCAUUUUCUUGCUCAUAUCUUUAAUUUUUGGCCUAUAUCUUUAAUAUCUGGUUUACAUCUUUAAUGUCUUGCCUAGUCCUAAAUUUUCUUGUUUAGAAUUUUAACUUUUUGGCAAAGUCAAAAAAUUUUAAUCUAAAACUGGAAUAAACAAAAAAUCAAGUUAAUCUUUUCUGUUUUUUUUAACACCCUUAAAGAUAUCUUUACCAUAGUCAUAUGUAUAUGUAAUUUGGUAAUAUUUAAAUGUGUCAGUGUCAUGUCAUAUCAGAUAAAGAAAGUGUCUUACUUAGUUUUUACAUACAUGUGUUAAGGAUAUCACUGGAUUAUAUAAUGUCUGUGUGAUUUCUGAGGAUUGGUACCAAUAUUUAUUUCAACAUUUAAUAAAAAAAAACAUGAAUUCAGAA